AUGGGCAGACGAAAGAAGCCGCCACCCUCUCUUCCUGACGAGGAUACCAGCGAGAAGCAGUCUGGAGUAGAGUUAGACGAGGAGCCAAAGCCAAAGUCUCAACAGACAACCACAGCGAAGGGCAAAGGGAAGGCAAGGGCCCGCAAGGCCCCGCCUCCCAUCGAGCCCAAGAACUCUGACGAGGCGGAAAAUGAUGUGGUGGUUGAGGAGGACCGGCAAGCAGGGCCCAGCACAAGGAGCGGAGGCAAGCGGCGAGCAGCCUUGCGUGACACGAACACCGAUGACGGCGAAAGCCAGGAUGACGGCGGAGACUCAGAUAACGCGUCGGUAGCUACGGGUAGAAAUUACGUCGCGCCCGAAGAGUCCAAGCUGCCGCCAUUAUCAUCUCUGCCGUCAAUCUUCGCGGACAUUGUUGCACGAAUGGAGAAGCUGUCUGAUGGAAGGCUUCAGGACGUCGUGAAGCACUUGAAGGGGAGCAAGCUCCGCGUUGCUACUAUGUGUUCAGGAACCGAGUCGCCGCUAUUGGCUCUACGCAUGAUCACGCGAGCUAUGAAGGAAGCAUGGGGACUGAAGCUCGACAUUGACCACGUCUUCUCCUGCGAGAUCGAACCUUUCAAACAGGCGUACAUCGAGCGCAACUUUCAUCCUCGUCUCCUCUUCCGCGACGUUUGCGAACUUAGCGAAACGCAUGCUCACACUGCGUACGGCUCUCUCGUAGCAGUACCCGGAAACGUCGACAUGCUCGUCGCCGGCACAUCCUGCGUCGAUUUUUCUCCCUUGAAUAACAAGAAGAAGACGAUCAAGGACGACGGCGAAUCCGGUCGCACCUUCCGCGGCAUGCUCGAGUGGGCGCGGAAACACCGACCGCCGAUCAUUAUUCUGGAGAACGUGAAAGGCGCGCCCUGGUCGGAGAUCAAACGCCACAUGGAGGACAUGGGAUACAGCGCUGAGCACAGGAACCUCGACACAAAACAGUUCUACAUUCCUCAUACGCGUCAGCGUGGGUAUCUCAUUGCUGUUGAUCGUGUCAACUCGCCGAUCCCCCAACGCUGGCAAGAACUAGUGGGCAAGAUGCAGCGACCGGCCAGUGUUGUGCUCGACGCAUUUCUGCUGCAGAGCGACGAUCCGCGCAUUCACCGAGAGCGCGAGAAACUCGUUCAGGCGAGCUACAAUACCGACACGAGGAGAGCUGGGCGAACGGACUGGGUUCGUUGCGAGACUCGACAUCACCGUGUGCGUCUUGAGGAGGAGCUUGGGUCGAAACGCCCGUUUACGAACUGGGGGGAAGGUCACGCUACGAAGUUGCCUGACUUCGCGUGGACGGAUUGGGGCAAAGCUCAGGUCGAGCGUGUCUGGGACUUACUCGACAUCAGUCUCUUACGCUUUGCGAAAGAGGGAGUCGAUCCGUCCUACAAGUCCCUGGUGUGGAACGUCUCGCAGAACGUGGACCGCAUGAACAGAGGCAGCGGCAGCAGCCUUGGAAUCACUCCUUGCCUCACACCCUCUAUGAUUCCUUACAUCACCAAUCGCGGCGGACCCAUGGUCGGCCUUGAGGCAUUGCACUUCCAAGGUUUACCUGUCGACGAGCUGCUGCUCACGCGUGAGGCUCCCGAUCAACAGGCGAAUCUAGCAGGGAACGCCAUGAGCACGACCGUCGUUGGCACUAGCAUGCUCGUAGCUCUCGUGCUGUCCCAAGAUUUACUUCGUGCGGGGGGCAGCCAGCCAUCUAAGACCAGCGAUGGGCUCGAUGAUGAAAGCGAGAGUUCAGGGAUGGGCGGCGAGAUGAGGGUUGCCAAGGAGAGGGAUGUAGCAGAGCACCUGAGCGGGCUUGAGCAGUUGGUAGAGAAGGACUUCGACUCGGCAAACAUUGCGGAUGUUCCACUUUCCGACCUUCUCGUCGCCGCCGAACGAAGCGCACGUCUUUGCGCCUGCGAGGGUCGAAAAGACAUCUCUGCUGUCGAGGUGCAGCGCUGCACAGACUGUGGCGCGACGACGUGCGUCGCAUGCGGUGGGCGUCCGGAACACAACUACCAGCCCAUCGAUGUUCAGGCUCACCCGCGAACCCCUCCUUCGGACUUUGCGCGCAUACUCAAGUCCGUGCUUCCCAUGGCAUUGACGAUGACAAACCUCGACGUCGACAUGCUCGAAGAGUUACGGCGGUCCCUCGAUGUGACUAUCCCAGACGAACGCUGGGAGCAAUGGCGCGAGUCCGCACUGGCAGCAGCCAGCAGCGAGUUACGCUUCGUGGAACUCAAGCGUCAAGCGCACUGGGUGGCCCGAUAUGAAAGCGACUUCGCCCGCCUCGAGCUCACACUUCAUCCGACAUGCCCUACAUGGUUAUUAUACGCCAAACCCGUCUCUUCACUGCCCGCGAACGCCGAUAUUCGGAAAGUCCUGCUAUUGCCCAUAGCGCGGUUCCGUUGCUCCGUGUCAAUGUUCGGUGGAAGAUGGGAAGUAGCGUUGCCAGCUGUUCACGAUCUCGAGCUGGAGAUAGAGGGCUUCGGAGAACGAGUGCCGAGCUGGGAAUCGAGGUUGGGGUUGCAGGGAGAGCAGUUCAAGGACAAGAAGGUCUGGAGUCAGUUGAAGGUUUCCGUCCGCAACCCAGGUGUGGUUCGGCUCGAUCGCUCUGUCGCAGGUGUCUAUACGCUGCUGCAGAGGUGCGGGACGGCGAACUGUGCUCUUCACGUCCGUGGAAAGCAAGCAGGCGACGGCAAACAUGAGGAGCCCUUGUUCUUCUUCCUUGACCCUAGUCGAUGUGGCAAGCCUGAUGAGGAUGCAUUCGUGUUUGCGGUCAGCCAUCGACGAUACGAUUAUGGAGAGGGCCGGCCGAUCAUCGCCAAGCUUGUGCCGCCGUGGAGACAAUCGGACGUCGAAGGAGCGGCAGCCGUCGUUGCCACCAUCCCACAGGUGUACAUAGCCGUGCCAACGAUGGUUCUGAAGCCCCCAGUCAAAGCUGUAACCGUCGCUAGUCCUGCGAGCGGGCUCACGUUCUCCGCCGACAAGGACUCUUGCGAGACUGCGAGGGCUCUAUUGGUCGUGAGGGUCCCCAUAGGAGAGAACGAUGCAGAAUGGCCACGCGGCGUCUUGCAUGAACUCACCCACACGGAAGAGCGCACCACCUUUCGUCGUGUCGCAUGGCUGAUAGAGCGUGUCAAAGUCGUCCACGAUGGCUUUGGAGCGUGGCAUCAUGCCUCCUACACUCACGAUCCUUCCGCCUGCACACGCUGUGCGCCGAGAGCUCCCGAUAUCGAAUGGCUCGAAGGUGACGGCAAGGCUCAGCCCAUCGAAAACACCACACAAGCCGGCGAAUAUGAGCGGCGGUUGAAGGCCCGCCCUGCACCGUUCGUGACGCAGCUCAUGCAGGAUGGGACCACGGGCGUCCUCCGUCUCGGCGUAAACUUCGCUUCUCUCAUGCAUCGCGCCGCGGCGCGCCUUCCCAUCCGCGCGGAUGCCACGGAUUUGGAGCUAUCAUGGCGAUUGCAUACCGACUUCGUCCCGCUGGGCAAACUCGCGCCUUACGAGUUCAAGCUCCUGAGCAAUCAAACCGAUCCCGAACACGCGCAACCCCCAAACUUCGGAGAGUUCCCGCUGCGCAAGGAGCAAUCACGGUCGUUGAGCUGGAUGCUCGCGCAAGAACGAUACGAUGCGCCCCACUUUCUGGAAGAGGAGAUUAGUGAAGCUAUCCUCGAACCCCUCGGCUGGCGUGCUGAAGGCCGAGCUCGGCGUCCUGUUCGCGUUCUUGGUGGCGUGCUGGCCGACGAAGUCGGAUAUGGCAAGACAGCCAUCUCGCUUGGCCUCAUUGACUGCACGCGCGAAGCCAUACGCGAGGAGGUCCAGAGCGCUCCCGAAAGGCCCGGCAAGAUCACGGUACAUGCAACGCUUCUCGUCGUUCCGGGACAUUUGACGGGACAGUGGGAGAGCGAGAUUGAAAAGUUCCUUGAUGGCAGGGCGAACUACAACGUCGUUUCCAUCCCCACAAUAGGCAAGCUCGGCAAACUGUCGAUUGAGCAAAUCAUGCAGGCGGACAUCGUCAUCAUCUCUCGCAAGGUCCUCCAGUCGAAGGUUUAUUUCGAGAACCUAGAGGCGCUGAGUGGCGGAGCAGUACCAUUGCCGAGUUCGGAUGGGCGCUACUUUGACGCGAAGCUGGAUGCCGCGCUGGAGGGCUUGAGAGAGCAAGUCGAUAGACUCAGGACUGAAGGUAGCGUGGCAGUUUUGAGAGCCAUUUAUGCGGGGCGUAAAGUUGCGGCAGAGGCAGAGGAGAGGGCGAGACGGUCCGCCUCUUUGCGAAGAGCCCGAGACGAUACCGGAGAGAUGGGCGAUAUCUCAACUCUCGACAGGCGCAUGGACUCUACGCAUGCAUCGACCUCCACGACCGGCACUUCCAUCGCUGGUGGAAAGCGCAAUCAUGAUGAGCUCUCCGGUGAUGAGGAAGAUAUAAAGUCUCGAUCAAAGGCGAAGAAAGCGAAGAAGACGAACGCGAAUCCUCCGCGUGAGUCGAAGGAUCCGUGGAAGCUCAAGGGCGCGGCGGCGAAAAAGGAUUACAAGAAAAUGCUGGCGCCCUCGCUGGAGAUGUUCCACUGGUCACGCAUCGUCAUUGACGAAUACACCUACGUCGACGGCAAAGCACUAUCCGUAAUCUCUCGCUGGACUGCCGAGCGUAUCUGGGCGCUGUCUGGCACGUCUCCGGUCAACAGCUUCCACUCGCUCAAGACCAUCUCCCGAUUCCUCAAGCUUCACCUGGGUGUACAUGAUGAUGGAGAGUUCCGAAGUAAGAAUGAUCAGAAGCGAAGCGCCAUGCAGUCUUCACGGGCCGAGCAAUUUCACUCUUUUCGUGAGGUUCACAGCCUUGAUUGGCACGCUCAUCGUGAUACUGUCGGCCAGGCAUUCCUCGAUCAGUUUGCACGUCAGAAUAUCGCCGAAAUAGGCGAGAUUCAGUGGAAAGAGCACUACGUCAAGAUUCAGCUUCCCGCCGCCGAGCGCGCGAUCUAUCUUGAGCUCGAACACCACUUGCGUGCACAAGAUAUGACGAUCAAGCGUGUCCGGAAGACCGAGAGCGACCGCGAGAUACGCCUCGCUUUAGCCAUGGGGGAAUCAAGGACUGCCGAAGAAGCUCUCCUCAAGCGAUGCUCGCAUUUUGAGCUCAAUGAGAAGGAGAAUAGAGGAAAUGCCGUGGACGCAUGCGACUCGAUCGUUCGAGAUCGUACCAAGGAGCGUGACGCUUGCAGGAAGGACCUCCUCGACCUCAUCACAGAGGCUUUCCUGAUCGAGGCGGAGAUCGACGACCGUGAUCAAGAAUCGCCCUUUCGCGAGCUCGUUCGCUUCUACCGCGGCAAUGGCGUUGGCGACGCCGAAGCCAAGGUUAUUAUAGAGACGCUACUUGAUGAGGUUGGCGUCGACGGACCCGCACCACAGAUCGAGGUCAGCAAGGUGGACGAGGCCCAGCGUCUCAAGCGUAAGUGGGACUUGCGAGAGCAGUCUCACUCCAUCCGUCGCCUGGUCAAGGAGCUCGUGGGCCGUGUUCGUUCGCUGCGCUACUUUACUGUCGUACGCGACUUGCAGAGGCAGAAGGAUAAGCCGGUGGUUGUCGACUGUCCGUGGUGUGAGCGGGAUCAGAUACCGCCCUCAGAGAUCGUCGUCCUGUCAUCUUGUGGCCAUACCGGCUGCAUCUCUUGUGUCCAAGAGCGUGCUGCCUUAGACGAAUGCGUUUAUGCGGGCCGAGGUCCCCUCGCUUGUCAAUCACAGGCGCGAUCCGUCAACAUCGUGAGGGGCGAGACACUCGGUAUCGAGGAGGAGGGCGGUGUGGAAGGUCGUCGUUACGGCGCAAAGCUUGAGCAAGUUGUCGAAUUGCUCCGGGACACCUCUCGCAUCCGAGAAGAUGACCGCGUCCUUGUCUUUGUACAAUUCCCCGAUCUGAUGCGGAAGGUCGCAGAGAUGUUCAAAGCGCGGGACAUCCGAUUCCUUCAGAUCGAGGACAAGGUUGGAGAUAUGAGCAAGAACCUACAGCGAUUCCAAAACGGCAGCGAUGAACGCAUUCUCCUCCUGCAUGUCACGGACGAAACUGCAUCCGGCGCAAACUUGACUGUGGCGAAUCACGCGAUUUUCCUGUCGCCGCUGCUCACCGAGUCGCAAGAGGAGUACGACGCCUAUGAGACGCAGGCAAUCGGGCGCCUUCGCCGUUACGGGCAGCGCCAGACCGUGCAUAUCUGGCGCUUCGUUAGUAUGGACACCAUGGACGUCGAGCAAUAUGAGAAGCGUCGCGGGAUGACCGUGGACGAGCUCAUAGCUGCCGCUUCCGCGGUCUCAACAUCAACAGAGACGAGAGUUGACGAUGACGACGUUGUGAUGGAAUAG